AUGGCAUCAACACCCUCGCAGUCGACCCCACAACCGCCCUCCGCAUUCGUCCUGCCUGAAGGCCUCUCCGCCGACUCCAUCGACACCAUCCCGGUUCUCUCCGCCAUCCUCUCGCGCCUGCAGAGCCUCUCCGCCAGCCCCGCGGCCAACGCUGCCUCGCCGCCCGCCGCGUCUCCGGCCCAGAUUGGCAGCGGCACUGGCCCGCUCACCAUCAAGGACAUCCCUACCGCGACAGAUGAUCUGAAGCAUAAGCUGCAGAGGGCGAGGGCGCAGGUGAAGGAGCUGCCGGAUAUCGACCGGAGCGUUGCCGAGCAGGAAGAGGAGAUUCGGGAAUUGGAGGAGAGGAUUAGGAGGCAGAGGGAAGUGCUCGAACAGCUGAAGGACGCGGGCUUAAAGGCUUUGGGAGAACUUGGAGGCGCUGCGAAGAAUCCGGAUGCUAUGGAAACUUGA